UGAAGCUGUUCACCUUUUUCAACAAAUGACACAGGGACACUGUAAACCCAAUGCCAUCACUUGUAGUAUAUUGAUAGAUGCAUUCUGUAAAGAAGGUAAAAUGGACGAUGCAGUGUUAUUGUUUGAUCAAAUGCUGGAAAAGGAUCCUGAACCUAAUGUGGUCACCUAUAGUUGUCUGAUUGACGGUUAUUUUAAAUCUGAAAACAUGGAAAGUGCCUUUGAACUAUAUGAAGAGAUGCUUCAGAGUAUCUCUCCAAAUAUAGUUAGUUACAGCAUCCUCAUUGAUGGUCUUUGCAAAAGAGGACUGAUGAAGAAAGCAGCCCUUGCAUUUCAUUCUGCUGUAAACAGGGGUCUGGUGCCUGAUGUAGUAGCAUAUGGGAUCCUGAUUCAUGGUUACUGCAAGGUUGGAAGAACGGCAGAAGCCAUGGCAUUGUACGGUCGUAUGUUAAUAAGUGGAAUCAUGCCGGAUGCUAUCAUACAAAGGAUGAUUGCGAAGCACCAUCUUCAAAUUCUGUCCCACCAAAAUAUGAGCGCCCAACCAGAUGUUCUGUUAAAUGGUACCAUAUUUCUUGAUUGUAUGGUGUUGCCAUAUGUUGAUACGGAAGGCAUUUUAUCACAUUGGAUGGUCCUUACUAGUUUUCUUUCUCGCCAACCGUAG